UGCCGAAAAAAUCGUUCCCCGAGCUCUUACGCAGUUGCCUUUAUCUUGAAGUGAUCGGCAAGAUGGAGGGAGAAGUGGUGAAGAAGAUUGCCCCAAAGCUUGGAAUUUCUGUGCCAAACACAAUUAAGAAAGCUCUUGAGUUGAUGAGGAUGUGUGACGCCAGGUGUACUAACCUGUCCUCCCUGGGGGUGCAGGGGUCAUGUAAGGCCGUGCUCUGUCUGGAGCUGGCGGCUAGCUGUCAGGAUCAGCCUGUCAAUAAGGACAUUGCAGUGCGGCUGUCAGGUGUGUCCAAGAAAGUUUACAGCAAUGCCCUGCAGACCCUGGGGCGGCUGCUGGACAUGCAGCCCAGGGCCAGUGUGAAGGACCUCUGUGUUCAGUUUGGAUGUGUUGGGGCUGCGGACUUGGCAAAGGACAUUUUGCACAGGUAUCAGGAUGAGCUUCAGACCAAAGUUUCCGAUGCUGAUAUCUCACAACCAAUGUUUCCAGCUGCAGCGGUGUAUGGAAGUGCCAAGCAGUUGAAGAUAAAGGUGGAUAAAGCCAAGCUAACAUCCAUUGCUGCCACAAGGAAAACUGUCUUUGACAAGUUGUGCAUUGAGAUGACCAAACAUGCAGAAAAAAUAGCAGAAGCAAAGAAGACUCCAGGGACUAAAUCAAAGAGGACAAAAACAUUUAUUGAAGAACUUGAAGAAUCAUUCGAAGAUGGCAGGGACAGCUCAUCUACAAAGGUUGCCCGUCUGUGUGACUCAGAUGAUGAAGAGGAAGACUAUGAGGAGUGGAAGAGAAGAAUUCUGGAGAAUGCUGCAAGAGCUCUUGGGGAGAAGGAUUAGUAUUAGGGACUCUAUUUACAUUUUGAUAUGACUGUGGAGCUCUAAAAUGAAAGAUGAACAUUUUGCUUUCUGAGUACAAUCCAAUUAUUACUAUAAUAGAGAGUCUAUAUUGUUAUCUGUUAUUUGCACAAAUCUUUGCUGUUCUUUGCUAAACAAGUAAGGCAACUGUUGUCUGCUGUCCAGCCACAUGCCGUGUAGCUGUAAGGCACCUGACUUCAACCUGGGCUUCAGGAAGCCGUGUGAAGACACAUUCUGCAGCUGUUGUAAAACAUUCACCUG